CGGCGACAGGGGCCAUGCUCAAGCCCAAGGACCUGUGCCCCCGAGCGGGGACGCGCACCUUCCUGGAGGCCAUGCAAGCGGGCAAAGUGCACUUGGCCCGCUUCGUGUUGGAUGCGCUGGACCGCAGCAUCAUCGACUGCCGCGCGGAGCAGGGCCGCACGCCGCUCAUGGUGGCCGUGGGGCUGCCGGACCCGGCGCUGCGUGCGCGCUUCGUGCGACUGCUGCUCGAGCAGGGUGCGGCAGUGAACCUGCGGGACGAGCGCGGCCGCACCGCACUCAGCCUGGCGUGCGAGCGAGGCCACCUGGACGCCGUGCAGCUGCUGGUUCAGUUCAGCGGUGACCCCGAGGCGGCCGACUCGGCGGGCAACAGCCCGGUGAUGUGGGCGGCGGCCUGCGGCCACGGGGCGGUGCUCGAGUUCCUGGUACGCUCCUUCCGCCGCCUGGGCCUGCGCCUCGACCGCACCAACCGUGCGGGGCUCACCGCGCUGCAGCUGGCUGCCUCCCGCGGCCACGGGACCUGUGUGCAGGCCCUCACGGGGCCCUGGGGCCGCGCCGCCGCCGCCGCCGCGGCCCGGGGCUCCAACUCCGACAGUCCGCCUGGCCGCCCGGCCCCUGCGCCCAGCCCAGAGCGUCGACGACCCAGCCCCCGCCGCCUACCGCGGCCUCUCCUGGCGCGCUUUGCGCGAGCGGCGGGCGGCCACAGCCACGGCGGCGAGGCUGGCUUAGCGGGCAAGAAUUCCGGCCGAUACCGGGCGCAGGGCAGUGAACGACCUGAGCUGGGUCGGAGCAUGAGCCUGGCGCUGGGUGCGGUGACCGAGGAGGAGGCUGCCCGCCUGCGUGCUGGGGCCCUGAUGGCCCGACCAAACUCGCCCCAGUCUUCGGGGACUGGGCGGUGGCGCUCACAGGAGGUGCUGGAGGGAGUGCCCCCAACCUUAGUGCAAGCCCCCAUUGGCCUCAGCCCCCACCCGGAGGGCGACCCGGCCUCUGGCCGCUUGGGUUUGCGCCGACGCUCUACAGCCCCAGAUAUCCCCAGCCUGGUCGGGGAGGCUCCAGGGCCCGAGAGUGGUCCAGAGGUAGAGGCCAACGCUCUGCCUGUCUCGGUGCCUGGGCCGAACCCAUGGCAGGCGGGCACCGAGGCUGUGGCGCUGCGUGCUCAGCGGUAA